UGGACGGAUCGGGCUGAAAUUUGGCAUGCAGUUUCACGGUGCCGGCGUUACGAGAAUGACGCUUCGUCUGUUUGUACUGCAUAUGUUAAUAUUUGUAGUGUACGGUAGAGAGUGUCAUUGGAACACGUGUCCUUAUGUAUAUUUUGGCGGGAAAACCCUCUACGACGAUGUCCGGGGUGAUAUCAGAGAUGUUGCAGAUAUAAAGGGAUGUGUGCCAUCCAGCGUUUGGUUGCUCGGCAGACAUGGAACUCGCAAUCCAAGCUCAUUUGACAUCGACCAGAUGAUGGAAACCGCAAAAUUGAAAGAUGAAAUAGUAAAGAAUCAUGCUGAGGGACGUGGACAAAUGUGUGCUGAGGACAUCAGCAAUCUCAAGAAUUGGAAAUGGAACGGCACAAUAAAUGAACCUCACAACCUAAACUAUAGAGGCUACAUCGAGCUGAAGCAACUCGGAAGCAGGAUUCGUGAGAAGUUCACGCAACUUCUUGAACAUGUAAAGCAGUAUCAGAUCAGGCCGACAAAUGAACGGAGAACUAUUGACAGUGCUAAGGCGUUUGUUGAUGGUCUCAAGCGAAAUUUGAGUUUUAACGUUACUACUCCUUUAGAAAAAGAUGUAAUUUUGAUGCCUUAUAAGUAUUGUCCAAAGCACAUACAAGAAGUGUGGGAAGGAAAUCGAACCCAGGCGGAAAUGAACCAAUAUUACGAGAGCAACGAAUUUAAAAAAAUGCAGACUGACAUGAAAGCACGUGCCGAUCUGACUGAGCUGUCAGCCACCAACAUUAUAGGCAUUUACGAUCUGUGUAGAUACUACAGAGCAUAUUCAGACUCCAAAAAAUCGGCAUGGUGCGCUUUGUUCACUAACCAAGACCUAGCAUUGGUUGAGUACUCGAAAGACUUGCAGCAUUAUUAUAGAAACGGCUACGGUAAUCUGAUCAAUGCAAAACUAGGCGAAUUGGUUUUAAAAGAUUUAUAUGAUAGUUUCCAAAAUGCCCUCAAAACCAACGAUACUAGUUUCACAGCGUACUUCUCUCACGACAGUCUUAUGGAUAUGGUGUACAGUGCCCUAGGACUGUUCCAGGAUUAUCCACAAUUAACUGGCUUCAAAAGAAUAUUGGACAGGAAAUGGAGGACCAGUUUGCACACGCCGUUUGCAGCUAACUUCAUGGCUAUUCUUCACAGAUGCAACCCAGAUUUAGAAGCAACAGUGGACUCUACCUACAGAGUACAGUUUCUCAUAAAUGAAAUAGAGAUUCAACUCUGCGAAAGUCAGAUGUGCAGCUGGAGAGAGUUUGAAGACAAAUUCAAACCAUUCCUCGAUAGCAGUUUGGACUUUUGCGGCGUUGUGUAGUU